AUGAGGACGAGCGAGGGUGGUGAAGACCGAGGCGGUCGAAUUGCCGGGCGGGACUUCUGGAGGGCACAGCAGUGGUGCUCGUCGACCUCGUCCACUUCACUCGCCGUCGCCACCAUGCAGGCGUACGAGCCACACGCGCCGCUCACGGCCAACGCACUCAAGCGCAGGAGCCGCUCCCCUUCCCCCCAGCCGCACAAGCGCCGCCCUCCACCGAGCUACAGCCCCGCCAUCUACGCCAACCUCGCACCCGCCGGCCCACCUCGCUCCCUCUCGACAGAGGCCCUCGCCGGCUCGCCCGCUCCCGCUCCGCCCCACAGUGGGCGCAGCACCCCGGGCGACUGGCUCCAGCGCACCCGCGACCUGCACCUCCAGACCCCGUUGUGCGGCACCCCGAUCGCGUGCGACGACGCGAUGCAGAGCGACGACCUCGCCAUCGACAUGCGCGCUGGCGGGCCCGCGGUCGAGGACCUCGACAACGCCAUGAUGCAGGACGAGCCCAACUCGCCGCAGUCACUUUGUGCCCCUCAGCCCGCCGUCCCUCUCACCUCGCGCGCGCACGCGUCCGCCUCGCCCUUCUGGUCCCCUCUCCCGCCCGCCGACACGGCCGCCCCUCACGACGCUCCCCCCCUCCACCAGCACCUCGCCGGCUCGCCGCAGCCGUACCUCGCCUCAGACGGCGGCGGCGGCGGCGGCGGCAUGGCGCGCUCGGCGUCGGGCGGCUCGGUCCGCAGCAUGGGCUCGGCGGCGGCGUGCGGCGCAGAGGCCGACCUGCACGCGCAUGCAAUCGCAGCGUUGUCGUCGUCGCCGCGCAAGCCGUCGACGCCGGUGCCCGGGACGCUCGGCGGGCGCGGCGGCGGUGGGUGGAAGGUGACGAUGGGCUAUCGCGCCGACUGCGAGCGGUGCGUCAGGCAGGAGCAGGGGCACUCGACGCAUGUCGUGUGGAGCUCGUGA